AAUAUUGAUUAGUUGUCUACAGUAACGCGACCCAAGUUCCGGAAAUGCUGCAGUCGGCUGCCUGUCGCACCUCCCGCUUCCGGUCCACGGGUAUGCGGACCGCUAUUUGGUGGGGACGAACCUGCCAAACUCGGCAUAUCUCGUCGCCGUCCGUUGGCCUCAUUGUACCCUAUACCUAAGCCUUGCACAAUCCUUGAGGCAUCCCUAACGCAGCUUUUACAGCAACCACGACUCUCAGUGCUCUAUCUUGAGUCGACUAGGCCGACUCUCAGUUCGUCAUCAUGGCGGACACGGCCGAAGAAACAGCACCACUUCUCCAAGAUCCUGAUGUUGAAGAUGGAGAAAGCGCGCAAGUCGUUCAGCAUCGCCCCUCUUUCGGCGAACGCAUCACUUCUGUAGCACAGGAACCUCUUACGCCUCUCACAAAAGUAUUGCUGGUGGUAGUACUUAUUCUGCUGCUCCUGAGCUCGAUAUUCAUCGGCCUCUUUGCUGGUGUCCAACACAAACUGAACGCUGGGCAGGGUGGUAAUCCUGACGGGGACAAACCAACUGAGACCUAUACACUGACGGCCACUACAACUGCCCAUGCGACAAAAACGGUUUUGCCCCCUCCGGAACCGACUGUCCAACCCCCAGAACCGUUGUGUCUUACUCCGCAAUGUGUCAUUCUCUCUGCAUCCAUCCUGUCAUCCUUAGAUACAUCACAGGACCCUUGCGAGAACUUCUACGAAUUCUCCAGCGGUGGGUGGCUCAAGGAACAUCCCUUGCCCGCCGACAAGAGCAGUUUUGGAAACUUCGAGGCUCUAGCAGUACAGAACAAGCAAAUCCUUCAAAAGAUUCUCGAGGCUCCCCAACCAACGUCUGCGGUACCGACAGCCGAUGAACAGCUUUUGACCAAGAUUCGAGGAAUGUACACCUCGUGUCUCAAUGAAACCAAGUUAGACGAAAUUGGCACCGAGCCCUUGUAUCAUCUUGUACAGACUGUACGAAAAUUGUUCCGCGGGAACAGCACUGAUAUCAGUAAUGUCACCGAGGAGGAGAGAACGAGUAAGAAAGGACUUACAGCCGCUAUCGCAUUUUUGCAUUCUCGAGGUAUCGAGGCUUUAUUCUCUUUCGAUGUCGAAGGUGACGUUGGGGUUGAUCCAAACUUUAUGACAUUGUGGUUUAACCAGCCGUCACUCGGUCUUCCCUCUAAGGAGUACUAUACUGAGGAGUCCAUUAGGGAGGUAUAUCAGAACGUCAUUGAAAGGCUACUCUUGACUCUCAUCGAAGAGGAAGAAAGCCUACGCAGCAAAUUCAAAUCAGAUUCUUCUCCCUUAACGCAUCAGGCUGAAAGUGUUUGGCCCCCUUGGCCUUGGCCUCCUUGGGGCGAAGACGACGACGACAAGGAUGGUGGUAAAGAGCCGCUCAAUCAAACCGAAAGGGCACAUGAGCUCGCUAAGAAAGUUGUCAAGUUUGAGACAAGGAUAGCGAACGCUAGUCUUGACCUGGAUAUUCUGCAAGAAGAUCCAGUCGCCACUUACAACCCAGUCCCUCUCUCAAACCUGACGGCGACCUUGCCCCAGAUUCGGUUUUCAGACUACUUCUCGACGUUCACUCCUCGAAAUUUCCCAAACAAUGUCAUUCUGACGUACCCGCCCUACGCUGAAUCACUCUCGGAAAUACUUGAUGACUCUCCUGCAGACGUUAUUGAAACGUACCUCGUCGCACAGACUGCUCUUUCUCUGUCUCCGUAUCUCGGGAUGGGUACAGAAGCGUGGCAAGCGCAGAGGUCGCUGUUAGAAACAUUAUCUGGCAUAAAGAAAGGCGCCGUGGGGGAUCGGGCUGAGUACUGUGUAGGGCAAGUCGAAUCUGCCCUUGGGUUUGCUACUGGCAGGUACUUUGUCAAUGAAACUUUUGGCGGCGAAUCCAAAGAGAAAGGAACCAAGGUUAUCACCGACAUCGUCGAGGCCUUCAAACAAUCACUCUCUCACGUCGACUGGAUGGACAAGAAAUCGGCGAAAGCCGCUUCCAACAAGGCAGAUGCCAUACACGUCAAAGUUGGGUUCCCAGUAUCCCCUGACACCCGUAGUGCCGAGUCCAUUGCAAGCUAUUACAGACUCGUGGAAAUUGACGAGAAUAAGUUCUUCCAGAACGUCCUUAGUGCUACCACAAGUGAGAAGGUCAAAGAAUGGUUCCAACUGGGCAAAAACCGGGAUCCGGAGGCUUGGGAGAUGUUCCCUUCUACGGUCAACGCCUACUUCAACCCGCCGGCCAAUGAGAUCGUUUUCCCUGCCGGAAUCCUCCAACCACCUUUCUUCUCUAAGGAUUGGCCCGGCUACCUUGCCUACGGCGCCUUUGGACACGUCGCCGCACAUGAGUUGACGCACGCCUUUGACUCCGCUGGGAGAAUGUACAACCAAGAAGGCAAACUAGAACAGUGGUGGACCAAUUCAACGAGCGACGGGUUCCAAGUGAAGCAGGACUGUAUUGUGAAGCAGUACUCUGCGUACACAAUUGAUGAUGGGAAAGGCGGAAAAGUCCAUGUCAACGGCAAUCUAACCUCAGGCGAGAAUAUUGGCGAUACCGGACUCAUUCAGGCUUAUCGGGCAUGGAGAGCGCAGUUUGAGACGUCCAGAGCAAAAGGGAACGAGUACCUGCUUCCUGGAGUGGACUUUACAAGAGAACAAUUGUUCUUCAUAUCGUUUGGCCGGAUAUGGGCUCGAAGUAUGAAACCAGCUGCUGCCCUCCAACGCAUUCGUACCGACCCCCAUUCGCCUUCACAAUAUCGUGUCGAUGGAACUGUGUUCAAUAUCCCGGAGUUCGCGGAGGCGUUCAAAUGUUCAAAGACCGCGAAGCUUAACCCUCCACCAGAGAAGCAAUGCAGGUUCUGGUAAGUAGAUUUUCAUAGUACGGAUGGCUUCUAGGAAUGGUGUGUAGUAAUAUUAUUUUAUCUUCUCCAACUGGAGAUCUGCGUGGUCGUGAAGUUGAGUAGUAAAGCACUUCGAGAAGACAACUGUCUUCUCUGUCCC